UGCCAGGCCUAACCUAACCUCCUCAACCUCCUGUCCGACAUCCUCUCGUGAUAGCUGCGAACCCAACUUUUUUGCUUGCUGUCCACCUCCUCGAGUCCUGCUUCUUUGCUCUCGCACAUAUUUUCAGUCGCUAGCCCUAUUCUCGCCCGUCUCCCAACCGCCAUCAUGCGUGAGGUCAUCAGCAUCAACGUCGGCCAGGCUGGUUGCCAGAUCGCCAACUCCUGCUGGGAGCUUUACUGCCUCGAGCACGGUAUCCAGCCUGAUGGAUACUUGACCGAGGAGCGCAAGGCGGCUGAUCCCGACCAUGGCUUCAGCACUUUCUUCUCCGAGACCGGCCAGGGCAAGUACGUCCCCCGUGCCAUUUACUGCGAUUUGGAGCCCAACGUCGUCGACGAGGUCCGCACCGGCCCCUACCGCGGCCUCUUCCACCCCGAGCACAUGAUCACUGGCAAGGAGGAUGCCUCAAACAACUACGCCCGUGGUCACUACACCGUCGGCAAGGAGCUCAUCGACCAGGUCCUCGACAAGGUCCGCCGCGUCGCCGACAACUGCGUCGGUCUCCAGGGCUUCCUCGUCUUCCACUCCUUCGGUGGUGGCACCGGCUCUGGUUUCGGCGCCCUCCUCAUGGAGCGCCUGUCCGUCGACUACGGCAAGAAGAGCAAGCUCGAGUUCUGCGUCUACCCCGCCCCUCAGACCGCCACCUCGGUCGUCGAGCCUUACAACUCUAUCCUUACCACCCACACGACCCUGGAGCACUCCGACUGCUCUUUCAUGGUCGACAACGAGGCCAUCUACGACAUUUGUCGUCGCAACCUGGGUCUCGAGCGCCCUAACUACGAGAACCUCAACCGCCUGAUUGCUCAGGUCGUUUCCUCCAUCACCGCCUCCCUCCGCUUCGAUGGCUCCCUCAACGUCGACUUGAACGAGUUCCAGACUAACUUGGUUCCCUACCCCCGCAUCCACUUCCCUCUCGUCGCCUACGCGCCCAUGAUCUCCGCCGCCAAGGCCGCCCACGAGGCCAACUCCGUCCAGGAGAUGACCAUGUCCUGCUUCGAGCCCAACAACCAGAUGGUCAAAUGUGACCCUCGCCACGGCAAGUACAUGGCCACCUGCUUGUUGUACCGUGGUGACGUCGUCCCCAACGACGCCCACGCCGCUGUCGCAACUCUCAAGACCAAGCGCACCAUCCAGUUCGUCGACUGGUGCCCUACUGGCUUCAAGCUUGGUAUCUGCUACCAGGCUCCCCAGAUGGUUCCCAAUGGUGACCUUGCCAAGGUUAGCCGUGCUGUGUGCAUGCUCUCCAACACCACUGCCAUCGCUGAGGCUUGGUCCGCUCUGUCGACCAAGUUUGACCUCAUGUACUCCAAGCGUGCCUUUGUCCACUGGUAUGUUGGUGAGGGUAUGGAGGAGGGUGAGUUCUCCGAGGCUCGCGAGGAUCUCGCUGCUCUGGAGCGCGAUUACGAGGAGGUUGCUGCCGACUCUCUCGAGGGCGAGGAGGGCCUUGAGGCUGAGUACUAAGAGCUGUAUAUCCUGGCGAUUGGAUGCGGAUCAAGCUGCGAAGCAAUACCCCGUUUCUUCUUGGGGCGCUGGCUUAGGUGUCGUGGGUCUUUGCAUUGAAGCAAUCCUGCGAGACUAGUGGCGUGUUUACUUCAGUUGUUAGAGUGAGAAAAGAAUACAACUUUAAUGCUAUGUGGAU